UUCGGACAUGUUACUCCUAUAAAAAUAGAAAGAACAAAAAACUCUCUCCAAUAGUAAAUAACUUAUAGAUACAGUUAAACUCCAUUAGAUAAGGUAGUAUUAUCAGUAAAAAAAAAAGUAGUUUUAAUCUGGGUUAAAAAAUAUGUUUUUAUCAAAAGGACCAUCUGGGUUCUCAAGAUUCUCAACAGCCGAGGAAGUUACUCAAGGAAUUGAUGGGUCCGGCCUAACCGCCAUUGUUACUGGUGCAUCUAGUGGGAUUGGGACUGAAACUGCACGAAUUCUUGCACUUCGUGGAGUCCAUGUAGUUAUGGCUAUACGAAAUGUGUCAGCUGGAAAAGAGGUGAAAGAAACUAUAUUGAAGCAAAACCCGACUGCCAAAAUCGAUACAAUGGAGCUGGAUGUCAGUUCUAUAGCUUCAGUAAAUAGUUUUGCCUCGGAGUUUAAGUCCUCGGGUCUUCCGCUGAAUCUACUCAUCAAUAAUGCAGGAAUCUUGGGAACCCCUUUUAUGUUAUCCAAAGACAACAUAGAGCUACAAUUUGCAACUAAUCAUGUAGGCCAUUUCCAUUUGACAAAUCUUUUACUGGAAACCAUGAAAAAAACUGCACAUGAAAGUAAUAAGGAAGGCAGGAUUGUAAAUGUCUCAUCACGGAGACACCAGUUUUCUUAUCCUGAAGGAAUUCGUUUUGACAAGAUCAACAGUCAAUCUGGAUACAACGGUUUGUCUGCAUACGGUCAGUCAAAGUUGGCAAAUGUUCUCCAUGCUAAUGAGCUUGCAAGGCGCUUAAAGGAAGAUAGAGCAAAGAUAACUGCAAACUCAGUUCAUCCAGGGGCAAUCCCCACAAACAUCUUCCGCCAUCAUACCUUGUUUAGCAGUCUUGUUACCAUAUUUGGUAAAUUAGCACUUAAAAAUGUGCCCCAGGGAGCAGCAACUACAUGUUAUGUAGCAUUGCACCCACAAGUUGAAGGCAUCAGUGGCAAAUAUUUUGCGAAUUGCAAUAUAACAGCAGCAAGCUCACAAGCUAAUGAUGCCCAGUUGGGAAAGAGGCUCUGGGAUUUCACGGAACAUUUGAUUAACCAAAACUCUCCCCCGUCUCAAUAGAAUAUUUGAAAUUCAAGAGCUACUUAUCACUAAGUUGUAAAGUGUUCUCCGUAAUACCGAGUCACAUGUAUUUAAAAUCAAUAUUGCAGACAUAUGCGAUUGUAUAUAUAAGAUAGACUUAUUAUGUUGACAUGGUUCUCAUUUUCCCAAAACUUUAUAUGAUGCACUCUGCAGUGAUUAUGGAAAA